UUGAGCGAAUGCCGCGAGGUCGAUGAAUGGUUUAAGGUAGAGUGUAGGGACUUGUUCGUGUCUCUGUGUAGUUGUAUGAACACACUGCGUGGUGAGGCCUGGCUCGCCGCUGUCCGAUGAAUGGCAGUCAGUCCUGCGGGGCCUGAGAUCAUACCUUUAUCGGGUUUUCCUCGGCGUUUUCCUCGUGGUUCCCACGUCCAACGCGGAUCAGACUCGAGAUCCACAUCUCCGAGUUCUACGGUAACAGCUUGGCGGCCAGAUUUGUCAGGAACAGCGGCGUAUAACUCGGUUUUGCGCCGUUUCCCGGGACUUGCGGCCGGCGGGUGUGUCUUUCUUUGAGUGGCGGAAGCUGAUGUGUUGUCUGGGGAGGUAGCGAGCACAACGGGACGGACAGACAGACAGACACGGCCACCAUGAGUAUCAGCAGCGACGAGGUCAACUUUCUGGUCUACAGAUACCUGCAAGAGUCAGGGUUCACUCACUCGGCGUUCACGUUUGGCAUCGAGAGUCACAUCAGCCAGUCCAACAUCAACGGAGCGCUGGUUCCUCCGGCCGCACUCAUCUCCAUCAUACAGAAGGGACUACAGUAUGUGGAGGCAGAGAUCAGUAUUAACGAAGAUGGUACAAUUCUAGACAACAGAGGCAUCGAGGCGCUGUCAUUGAUCGACGCCGUGAUGCCGGAUGUCGUGCAGUCCAGGUCGCAGGCGCUUCGAGAAAAGAUCGCGGCGGAAAAAGUAGCCAACGCUGCAAAGGCAGAGGCGCAAAUUAACGGGGAGGACACCACAAAUAAUGUAGACACGAACCAUGUAGAUGCUAUGGAGGUGGACGGCACCAUGGAGAUCCCACCCAGCAAGGCGACGGUACUGAGAGGCCACGAAUCAGAGGUCUUCAUCUGUGCAUGGAACCCUACAAGUGACAUGCUAGCAUCAGGGUCUGGUGACUCCACAGCCAGGAUAUGGAACUUGACAGCAAACAACAACAGUGCCAACCAGCUGGUGCUCCGGCACUGUAUACGGGAGGGCGGGCAGGAGGUCCCUUCCAACAAGGACGUCACCUCGCUCGACUGGAACGUCAAGUCCCAGCCAUGGGAAGGCGACCAAGAAGUACCGUCCAACAAAGAUGUCACGUCCCUAGAUUGGAACUCAGAAGGAACACUCCUAGCAACAGGGUCGUACGAUGGAUUCGCAAGAAUUUGGUCCACAGACGGUCGGUUGGUCACGACGUUAGGCCAGCACAAAGGUCCCAUAUUUGCGCUGAAGUGGAAUAAAAAAGGGAAUUACCUACUUAGCGCAGGUGUAGAUAAGACCACAAUUAUCUGGGACGCUCACUCAGGGGAAGCGAAGCAGCAGUUCCCGUUCCACUCUGCGCCCGCGCUGGACGUGGAUUGGCAGAGCAACACGAGUUUCGCGUCGUGCUCCACGGACAUGUGCAUCCAUGUCUGCAAACUCGGCAUGGACAAACCCAUCAAGACAUUCCAGGGGCAUUCCAAUGAAGUGAAUGCCAUCAAAUGGGAUCCUUCAGGAACUCUGCUCGCCUCCUGUUCAGACGACAUGACACUCAAGAUCUGGAGUAUGAAACAGGAGAGCUGUGUACACGACCUCCAGGCUCACACCAAGGAGAUCUACACCAUCAAGUGGAGUCCCACAGGUCCCGGCACCAACAACCCGAAUGCACAGCUCAUGUUAGCCAGUGCAUCAUUCGACUCGACAGUGAGGUUAUGGGACGUAGAAAGAGGGGUGUGCAUCCACACGCUCACCAAGCACCAAGAACCGGUCUACAGUGUCGCCUUCAGUCCCGACGGCAAGUACCUCGCCAGUGGGUCCUUCGACAAAUGUGUCCAUAUAUGGAAUACACAGAGUGGACAGCUUGUACAUAGCUACCGAGGAACAGGGGGCAUCUUUGAAGUGUGUUGGAACUCUACAGGAGACAGGGUGGGGGCCAGCGCGUCAGAUGGAUCAGUCUGCGUGUUGGACUUAAGAACGUUGAAGUAAUGAGGGACACUCACACACACUGUACAAAGAAUGAACAAUAUCGUGUUUGUAGAACUCUUCAAGUUUGACGCUGCCAGCGAUGACUUUGAGUCUUAUCGGAACACAACGUGACCAAUCGGAAACCAGACUGUUCGAGAUGACCACGGAGCGAUCGGGUGUCGGCACGGCGAACAGUUUUGAACCUGACAACGAGGAGGAGCCAAGGAGUUCCUGAAUGAACAUGUCACCACGAUCAGCAGCACAGGACGACCCAAGUCUUCUCUUGGACGGACGUUGGGAAGGGAAGGAGCAAUUCGUUCACAUUGGACGAAACUUGGAUACCUUGUAUCCCCAAGGAUAAAAGCGUGUGCACCGCGACAGACAUUGUGAUUUCAACUCAACAUUUGAUUGUACCACAUACGAAAGCACCCUCUCUGAAGUGACGGAUGUUUAAUACAGCCCAGCCUAGCACAUGAUUUAUCCCUAGGUGUAUGUUACCAAGUGUAUGAUUCAGUGUUGUCUCUAGUAUUAUCCUUAUUAACUCCUGCCAAAGCACCACAUAAAUGAGUAUACUUAUUAUCAAAUCGUGAAGUAUGGAUCAUUAUUUUCCCCUGUUGUAUAUUUAUUCCGGUGUUGUGCCCCUGUAUAUUUUUGUCCGACUCUGUUGAUGUUCUGGUUAGUAGGUUAAAGAACAAGAGCCAGUGUGUUGGUUUGGUUAGGCUUUGCUGUUGUUUUCAGAUGGUCAAAGAAAGUGACACUGUGAGCACCAAUCACUGCCCAGGGUUGUGGAGGGGUCAAAGGUUAGGAGGUCAGUAGUGACAAACCAAAACUGUACAUAAAUCCAGUGAUCAGGGUAUUGUGUAAAAUGGCCAGUAGAGCGGAAUAGGGUGGUAGAUGAUUUAAAAACAUGAAAAAAGGGUUAGACGGGUGUUCAGAAAAAGAUCGUCACCCCCCUUCCUACCUGAUCCUCAAAAAACAAAACUGACAGCUUCUUUUUUUGCUUGGGUAAAAUCACAGGUCAGGUCAACUGUCCUAUAAUCCAAACACAUGACAGAGCCGCUCAGAAAGAAACCUCAAGGCAUUGGUUCGAUUCCCAAGACUGUACAAGGGCAGAUGAGCCUCCAGUCAAGCGCAGGUGGUGAUGUUUUCUUUGUUUUCAAAGGCCUGUGGGGCCAACCAAUAUGAAGCACGCAUAUGUUGCAACUUAAGGAAUUUUUGUCCCAAGAUGCACUUCUGUGGGGUCAAGUCCCAGGAUGCACUGCUGUGAGGUCAAGUCCCAGAAUGCAUUGGUGUGAUGUCAUGUCCCAAGAUUCAUUGCUGGAGGACUGAUUUUUUUCCUGCUGCUCACUCGGUCGUGUGUAACUGUCACAAAAAAAUUUGUAUCCUCAGCAGAAAAGAAACUUUGUAACGUACACAGAAUCAAGGUGUAAAACACGUUUGUAUCUAUCUCUUUGCAUCUGUAGCACAGACGUUUUCUACUGACAGAGGAUUUUGAUAAAUUCCGUAUGAUGAGUACAGUCACUGUUGUGUGUAACUAAGGGGAUAUACAUGUACAUGUAUCAACCAAGCAGGGGUCCAUCUCAAUGAAGCAGACACUUACUUUAGCAGCCACCAUUGGCCGGCAAAAGCUCAUUUUGCAGUUUAGCUUCUUUGUUAGUGGUAAUAGUACCAUAACAUGGUGACUACAUUUGUAUAUUGUGACUAAAAGUUUUCCAUGUCUACUGCUUUUAGUAACUACCUUGUCUGUUUUGUUUGUGCCACUGCGUAGCUGCAGAUGUCAAACUGCCAGUUUCAAAUUUAAGAUAGUGGCCCAGAAAGGGUCAUAUUGAUAGUUGGCAGCUUGUUUGUUAAAGUGAUAUGUUUGCUUGCCUGUGACUUUUACGUUGAAGGAACUCAACGUUAAAACCCUGCCCAACUCCCUCCACUUGGAUGUAUCCUGUGCUGUAUGGUCAAUCGCAAGACUUGAUCUUUAAACAAUUUGUAUCUAUGAUUGUCUGGUAACGUUGGUAUGUACAAAAUUGUUCCUGUAUGAUAGUCCCUAGAUAUGUACUGAUUAUAUUUCAAAAGAAUUGUACAAAGAAGAUGCACUGUUAGAUUUUUUAAUGUCCAGAGACGUCACUGUAAUAUUGGGAUUGCUAUUUUUGGUAGGUAGCUUGCAAGCGUUGUGUCCAUAAUGCUGGUUGGUCCAGUGUUAGCAAUGUAUUAUUAUGUCAUGUGGUAAUCUUUGGUCUCUUUGCUGCAAAUUCGCUGCUGGUUUUCUUCUACUGCAUGCUCACAUGCCACACCACCCCCCUCCCCCAUGACAUUAACACAAAAAGACAUUUAAGGUUGACCUGUGUGUCACAUUCAGAGUCCACAGAGUAUGUUGCACACCCAAGUUGUUGUUUUGACUACUCUACAUUUAUGUAAAUGUGUUCAACUAGCCUCUACCAAGCGCCCCAGGUCGCUGGAAAAAUGAUAGAAAUUGGCCAAAUAGACAGAAAACACACCAGAGGAGUUGGUUUGCUACAGAGUACAGUACCAGGGGAGCCUGGUAGAUGCUAGUGUUCAACAAGUUAUCUUUAUUUUUCCUCUAUCAUUUUCUACAUCUCUGUCAUCAAAUUUGAACCAGAAGACUGUGACUCCUAGAUGCCUCUGUACUCUCUGUAGUUAAGAAAGCACAUUUGUAUAAUGUAAGCGUAAGUUUUCCAAAACCAACUUGGGUGGACAACAUACCCAUCACCUUGCUAGAAAUGGACUGUUAGUAGUGUUACCACCUCUCUUUGCAGGCAGCACCUCUGAAAGAAUCUUGUUUUGUUCAUUGACGAUGAUAAGAUUAUGUAGUUCACUCACACUGUCUGUUGUAAGUGUGCUGCUGUACAUACGAAGCUGUCAUGGUCGGGACAUCUGAUGGAUAUGGGGAUCAUGUCAUAUGUUGCUUAAACCAGCAUUGGAAGCUGAGCUGAAGUUGUUGAAGCUAAUUUUUAUUAAACAUUUUGUGAGUUCUCUCAUGAAAACUGUUACCAAAGUAAUCUGUUUCAUGUGUAUACUAUUACAAAAUUUACUACAUUUCUUUCAAAACUUCCAUAUUUUGAAAAUGUGGCAAGAUCUCUCAACAUUAUUCUGAUUAACAUAAAGCAGGUUGAUUCACAUAAAUAAAUAUCAUGCUUAUUAUUGCCACCUAAAAAUGUUGACUUUUCAUCGUAUGCGCCAGUGAUUGAUAAAAGAAUGGUUUGAAAAUGCACUUUUCAAUUCUGAAACAUUUUGUAUUAAAAGAAAGCUUGCAUUACACUUCAGCUCAGCUUGCAGUGUGGACUCCUAACCCUGGUUGUUGUUUUGAUUCAAGGUGCUUUUUUGCUUCUGAGUUGCUGGCCUGUGCAGUGUCUAAUUCAGCGUACUUUCUGACUGAAGAAUCCUACCUCUGAACCUGUAGCUUUCGUGAUUUAAAACCCAGUCUGGAAUAAAAAAAUUGCUAUAUUUUGAUA